AUGGGGGUUGUGGCUGCAGGUUACCAUGGCAUCAGCCUAUGGGGCACACCUCAGCUGGAGGACAGCAUGGCUGUACUGUUGCCAGUGACUCCUGUCAUAAAACCUGCUAAAACAUGGAGCAAAGAACAUCCCCCUUUAAUGAGGAUUGUUGUGCUGGGGACGAAUGCUUCAGAAAACAGUCGAGUGGGGAACUUCCUGUUAGGAAGAGCAGCGUUUGAGACUGAAGAACCUCCAGAUGUUGUACAGAGAGUUGGAGGAAAACACAUGACAGUCAUCAACACUCCAAACAUCUCACUCCAUCAGAUGACACAGAGAGUGAGAGAGUGUGUGUCUCUGUCUGCACCAGGACCUCAUGUGAUCCUUCUGGUACUGAAACAUGAUCAGUGUUCAAGAGAAGAGAAAGAGUGUGUGGAGAUGCUGCUCAACUCUUUCUCUCACACUGUUUAUCAACACACCAUGAUGAUCACCACACACGAGUCACACACUCAAGUCAAUGACAUUAUACAGGAAAUCAUUCACCAAUGCAACGACAGACACUUCAGACUGGAGAGAAACAGCACUCCUGCUCAACUGAUGGAGAAAUGUGAAGAGAUUGUACACAGUAAUGGAGGACAACAUCUGAUCUGUACUGAGUAUGAAAGUUCACAGUAUUUCACAAUGGAGCAGCAGGACAGAGAAAGAGGCUUAGAAGAAAACAGAGAUUAUGCAAGGAUUGUGCUGCUGGGAAAAACUGGAGUUGGGAAGAGUGCAACAGGAAACACAAACAUAGGAAAAGAAGCAGAAGAGAUGAAAAGAGAAAGAGAGAAACUUAAAAAUGAAAUUGAGCAGAUGAUGAGAGAAAAAGAGAAAGUUCAAUUAGAAAAAGGAAAUAUUCAGAUCAAAUAUGACACAGAAAUAAACAAAGAACAAGUGGAGAAAAACGAACUGCAAGUUCAAGAAGAGAGAAACAUGAGAGAAGAGCAACAAAAGAUUUCUGAAGAAAAACUUAAUCUUACUGAAGAACAGAGAAAAGAUGAACUAGAGAGAAAACAAGUAAAGUGGAGAGAGGAGAUGAAGAAGAUCUGGACUGAAAGACGUGCUUCAGUGAAGGUCGCAGCAUACAGGAGACUAGAUACAGAAUACAACAAGUGGACCUGGAGUCUCCGGAGUGCCAUGCUGGAAAUUGAGAUCAAACUACAAAACAAAAUAGAAAAUGAAACAAUUCAUGAGAUUCAGGAAACAGAUCUUCAAACAGAACUGAAAGAGAAAAGUGAAGAAGUGAAAAUGUUGAUGUCUGAGUUCUUUGAGAAAGAAAAAGAUAAAGAGAUACCGAUACAGUGGAAAACUUCAACAAAAUUUCAAGAAAACAUUGUGAGAGAAACAAACAGGAAAUUAAACGAGAUUCUUCAACAGCGAGAACUGAAGAAAGAGAUUGAAGCUCAGAGGAAACAUCAUGAAAACACUCUCUUUGAAAUAAGCAAAGAACUUGCCGUAAAACUCAAAGACAUACCAAAAGAUGAAGAAACUCUGAAGAAAGAGUUUGAUUGCUUUUGGGAAGAGUGUGUGAAGAUGACAUUCAGAGACACUCCUCCAAUCAAAGACAUUGACAUAUUAAGUGAUGUGAAACAACUCCUCAGUGACAUCUAUACAAUUACUCCUGUAGAUCACUGCAAAGAGAGCAGGAAUAUUUUCUGUGUGCUGAGUUAUUCAGAUUAUGUACGGUCAAAGAAAUACUGUAGUUUUAAAGGAACUUCUAUAAAUUCCAACAUACUUGUACCAGCUAUAGAUACAUCUUGGGAGUGUUUCACUUUGUCUGAAGAGGAUGAAAUCCAAAUAAGAACAUUAGUCAGUGAAAUUGCUCAUGAGACAGACAAGAAGAUCAUGUCAUUCAACAUUUCAAAGAUGGGCUACAACAUCAGCUGCAUUCAGGAACUCACAGAUCACAUCAAGGCAAGAUUAUUAAAACAUCAUGAAGGACCAGUGAGAUAUCAGUUCACAAAUGAAUUCUUCAUGGAUUUGGUGUUUUUUAUCUGUAAGAGAUCAAACAAGACAUUCACUGAACAACACAGAAUAUUCAGAGAAACAAAUGAUCCUGUAAUAUAUUUUGAAAGGAAGAGAGGAGAGUACUUCAGUGUUUUCCAGAAAUACUGUCGUGAUUCAACAUCAGCUGCUGUUUUUGGUGAGAUCAUCUGUCAGAAACUGAAAGAUCCCAUUGAACAGAGUGUCUACAAAAACACUGCCAGAGAUUUAGCAGAUGAAAUGAGAACAAACUGUCAAUCACUGAAUGGAAACAGAUCUAAACUGGAGAAACACAUCCUGAAGACACUGGCAGAAGAGGAGGAUUUUAACAAAUACAUGAACUACAUUCAUGAUCCCAAAGAUCACUUCAAGAGUUUCAUCAGAGCUGAAGUCAGUCAGUACAUCACUGAUAAGUUCAGUGUCAGUGUUCGGCCCAAGAUGAUGAAGAACUUCAAACUCCUGCAGCAGAAGAUCAUGAAAGCAGCUCAUGAAUCUACUGAACAUGUUCAAGUGAACAGUGGAGAUGUUGAAGCAGCUCAUGAAUCUACUGAACAUGUUCAAGUGAACAGUGGAGAUGUUGAAGCAGCUCAUGAAUCUACUGAACAUGUUCAAGUGAACAGUGGAGAUGUUGAAGCAGCUCAUGAAUCUACUGAACAUGUUCGAGUGAACAGUGGAGAUGAUGAAGCAGCUCAUGAAUCUACUGAACAUGUUCAAGUGAACAGUGGAGAUGUUGAAGCGGUUCAUGAAUCUACUGAACAUGUUCAAGUGAACAGUGGAGAUGUUGAUUUGUGGUUGAAGUGUUUCACACAGAAGCUCUCAGAUGUGCUGAUAUUCUCUAUAAAAGACUUCAGUGGAGUGAGUCGUGAUGAUGUUAAGAUCAAACUCUUAGAAGAUGUGAUCAGAAAGGAACUUCCUUCAGUAAUGUCUGACAUAAGCAGUAAAUUCAGUACAGAGACUUUUACAGUAAUUCUGGACUAUGAAUACAGACCUGAUGAACUCUUGAUUGAUCACUUCUGUCAGGGCUGUUGGGUUCAGUGUCCUUUCUGUAAUGCCAUCUGCACCAACACAAUAGAAGACCAUGAUGGAGAUCACAGUGUUCCUGUCCAUCGAGUGAAUGGUGUUAAUGGCAAAUAUUACACUGGAACAACAAAUCUUUCUACGAGCAUCUGCACAACAGCAGUAGCAAGUAAUCGAUCUUUUCAUCCCAAAGGCCCAUAUCAGGUCUCAGUCCUCUGUAGAGAAUACAGAAGAGCAGGAGGAGUUUAUGCUAACUGGAGCAUCACUCCUGAUGUCUCUGAAUUCCCGUACUGGAAGUGGUUUGUGUGCAGAUUCCAGAAAGAUCUUGAAAUCUUCUAUAAUAAAACAUUCCAGGAGAGAGGAAAGAUCCCAGACAACUGGAGAAAAUACUCAAAACAUGAAGCUAUUGACAGUUUAGAUGAAUACAUGUAACGGAGAAUAUUAAAGAUGCUCUUUUAGCUUGUUGAUAAAGAUAACACAGUUUGAAAUGAGUUUCUCACUUUAGUGACUCUGAACUCAUCUGUACAUCAACACAGAAGCAUUUUACAGAGUAGAUUAGUGAGAAAAAAAACACAUCAAUAAUUAUUGUAAUGUACUUACAUUUGAUAACCAGAUAAUUCACUUAUUGUUAAAUUACAUUGAAAACACUGUCUGUAAGGAUUACACUGGUGACCACUAGGAGUCACCAUUUAUGUAUCUUGUUCUCUCCGUGUCCUUUGAUGCAUUUUGGGUUUUGUAGUUCCUUUGUCUGGUCUUUGUUCAUUGGCUCUUGUGAUUAUUCCUGUUUGGUGUUCCUUGUUCCCUCAUUAUUUCCCUGUUUAUAUGAUCCCUGUGCUCUCCUGUUUUCAUUGUGAGUUCUUGUUUAUUUCCGGAUGUAUUUAAUAUGAGUUUCAGUUCUUGUGUGGGAUAUAUUUUGAAGAGUGUCCACUAUGUUAGAGUUUGCCAAAUGCAAUAAAUAAAUAGAUGUGGCUCCUCUGCCUCAUAUUCAUGCAAAUUAUCCCUGUGAAGUGAAUGUGUUUAGUGCUGUAUAAAUAACACAUGCCCAAAUGUCAACACUCAGAUGCAUAAUCCAUUUCUCCCGAAUCUUUUGUCCAGAAUCUCUUGUGUGCUUUUACAAUGCAACAAUAAAAUAAGUCAUACUGGAAAUGUC